AUGGUCGUCAGCACAGUAGCAAGACACAGGGAGUCUUACCGAUCCUCAGUGUAUGGUGAUCCGCCGCAGCUGGAUAUCAUCAGGGUGCGAUCUGUAGCGAACACAAGAUUGCAAAAACAGUAUGUGGCAAAGCUAGAGAAUCUCGAGGGAAAGAGGCGACACGGCAUGUGCUCUCCCAUUGCGGCCCUUUCGCAUUUGAAAGUGCCAGUAAGCAGGUACGAUUACGACUUGAACGAGCAUUUCUUGUUCCAUGGGGCUGUACCGUCCACCUUGGAGAAAAUUUGCAAAGGUGGUUUCAACCCGCAGCGUGGUGGCGAAGCCACUGGUAAGCUCUUCGGUACCGCUGCAUAUUUCGCCGCCAAUUCUUCCAAAGCCGACGACUACACAGAGGAGCGUGCAAACCAGUUAGCAAAGAAUGCCACGAGAACCUUAAUUGUUUCCCGCGUUGCGCUUGGCGAGUCGUUUCGCACGUUGAGGCCGAUGGAGCAGGCCACGAAGCCUCCAGACAACGACGACGGCGUCGACUUCGAUUCAGUCUGGGCUGAUACGUUGACCAAUGGGGGCUGCGUGGAUCACCUCGAGGUCAUGAUUUACUCGGAGGCGCAGGCACUGCCAGUAGCACUUGUUGACUAUCGGCACGCAGCUUCCUGUAAUUGUGCUUUUUGUCGGAAGCGGCCUUGA